AUAGAAGUUGAAACUGGAUCCAACGGCGACCUACAGUGUUUGCCGUGUGAAGAAUGCCCGGUCGGUCAUUACGUCAGGAUACCGGAUGUGAAAGGAAUUCCCUCAAUGUGCGUCCUAUGUUCCGCCGACUGCGCCUCGAUGAACCGGUAUAAAACGGAGGAGUGCUCGAGCUAUAGCGACUGGCAGUGCGGGGACUGUCUUCCGGGAUUUGAAUAUUCGAUUUCGAAAGAUUUUCCUUGCCAGAAAAUUCUGACGAGUAAAAUACCUUCCGUGGUAACUUUCCCCACCAGAAGAAGGUUCACUGAACAUGAAAACGUCAGCAAACCAAAUGGAACCAGUGAAAGCACUACUUCGUUGCCUGAUGAAGUCAACGUCGGUCAAAAUGAAAGCAGUGGUCGUUCCCAUUCAUUGUCUGGCACAGCUGUGGCCAUUAUAAUUGUUGGCAUUGUGGCUGGAGUUAUUAUAGUGGCGAUGUUAGUCAUCGGCUGCCUCGUUAAAAAGUAUUGUCACCAAAAACUUCUUUCCUCAGAAAAACUAAGAGUUAUUACAGUGGAGCCUUCUUCGGGGGAGAAUUCGUCAACGACGUAUUCGUCACUUUCGUCAGACUCCGACUUAGAACUCGACUGCAGGCAUAAUGGCGAUUUGACGCCACCACCCAGCCGGUGCCCGGAUCCAGGGAGCAUUCCGUCGACUGAUGAACAACUUGAAUUGGUCAGAGGCGAACUGUCGCAUCCUACAUCUAUACCUAUAGAGCAUCUUAAUCGCGUGUCCGAAGAAUGGCUCCAAUUUGAACGGACGAGCGUCGGACUCUCACAAAUAGUGUGCCGUUGUCCGAGUAUGGUGUCUGCCGUUUGCCCGGAAGGUUGUAGGCCAUUAAUGGACAAACCGAGCAGCAACAUAAAUGGAAACAAAAAUCUCAUUACAUUUAUUGCCAACAACGUUUGCCACAAUCCGUUAGAACUUUUUCGGUACAUUGGUGCUAAAGACUCAGAUAUCUACAAUUUAAACGAUGACCGUGACAGAAAUCCUGAUAGGGUCUCGCAAAAGGACUUUGUAUAUAACGUUUUAAAACACUGGCUCCAAGUUAAUAACGAAGCGAAAAGCCACACAAUUUUUAAUGGAUUAUGUCAUGGAGGGUUUCACAGAAUAAAUAAAUCUAUACAUGAACAGUAUAGUGAUUUAUUUCCUCCGAAAUAGCAUGUUUCUACAGUAGCAUUAGUAUUUAUAUUGAAGGUUGUUUUCUUGCCAUGCUACUGUAUAACAGUCGGGUUGAAAGUUGUAGAUUGUAUGUGUCAUGUGUAAGUUUUUGGUUGGUACUAUAUUCAUUGAAUGAAUUUAUAUAAUAACAAUCAUUGAAUGAAUUUAUGUAAUAAUUUUGUGAAGAGAUUUGUUCAUUGUUUUGCACUGU